GGGCACUUCCCACUGAAGGGAGUGGACGUCUUAUUGGACGGCGGCGAGCUCCUGAGGCGCCCUGGUUGCGCCUAGAAAACAGUUCUGUAGGCGCCGGUGUUCCGUGCGACAGAAAGGUUUAGAGGUGAACGUGGAAAAACGUGUGUUCUGAGGAAUUGUGAUUUUGAGGCGCGAAGCACCUCUGGCUUGCCCUGUUUCAAAUGGCGGCGCAGCCUGUCUGAGCGUCUUCCUUCCGCUCUCCUGCCCCCAGGCCAUGUUUGAUUGGCUAGCGUGCGGCGCCGUGGAGUGACGCACAAGGGUGCUGACCAAUCGGCUUAGAGCUGAGGUGGACUUGGUGGGAGCCGGAUCCCGGCUUUUAGCAGCUGUGGUUGCGGAAGGCUGCGGCCAGGUGAGCUCCUCCGGCCAGACAAUGGCCACAUAUCUGGAGUUCAUUCAGCAGAAUGAAGAACGCGAUGGCGUGCGUUUUAGUUGGAAUGUGUGGCCUUCCAGCAGACUUGAGGCUACAAGAAUGGUUGUUCCCCUGGCUUGUCUUCUCACUCCUUUAAAAGAACGUCCAGACCUGCCGCCCGUACAGUAUGAACCUGUGCUCUGCAGCAGGCCAACUUGCAAAGCCAUUCUCAAUCCACUUUGUCAGGUUGAUUAUCGAGCAAAGCUUUGGGCCUGUAAUUUCUGUUUCCAGAGAAAUCAGUUUCCUCCAGCUUACGCAGGCAUAUCAGAGGUGAACCAGCCUGCUGAAUUGAUGCCCCAGUUUUCUACAAUUGAGUACGUGGUACAGCGAGGUGCCCCAUCCCCUCUGAUCUUCCUGUAUGUGGUGGACACGUGUCUGGAGGAAGAUGACCUCCAAGCGCUCAAGGAGUCCUUGCAGAUGUCCCUGAGCCUCCUCCCUCCGGACGCACUGGUGGGUUUGAUCACGUUUGGGAGGAUGGUACAGGUUCACGAACUCAGCUGCGAGGGGAUCUCCAAGAGUUACGUCUUCCGGGGGACGAAGGACCUCACUGCCAAGCAGAUCCAGGACAUGCUGGGCCUGACCAAGCCUGCGAUGCCCGUGCAGCCAGUGCGCCCGGCUCAGCCGCAGGAGCGCCCGUCCGUGUCCAGCAGGUUUCUGCAGCCCAUUCACAAGAUUGACAUGAACCUCACUGAUCUCCUUGGGGAACUACAGAGGGACCCGUGGCCUGUACCUCAGGGGAAGAGGCCUUUGCGAUCCACUGGUGUUGCCUUGUCCAUUGCUGUUGGCCUGUUGGAGGGCACUUUUCCAAACACGGGAGCCAGGAUCAUGCUGUUCACUGGGGGACCCCCCACUCAGGGACCUGGCAUGGUGGUUGGAGAUGAAUUAAAGGUUCCUAUUCGUUCCUGGCAUGACAUUGAGAAAGACAAUGCCCGCUUCAUGAAAAAGGCAACCAAGCACUAUGAGAUGCUUGCGAACCGCACUGCUGCAAACGGUCACUGCAUUGAUAUUUACGCCUGUGCCCUUGAUCAGACUGGACUCCUGGAGAUGAAGUGUUGCCCAAAUCUUACUGGAGGCUACAUGGUGAUGGGAGAUUCUUUCAACACUUCUCUCUUCAAGCAGACAUUCCAAAGAAUUUUUAGUAAAGAUUUUAAUGGAAAUUUCCGAAUGGCAUUUGGUGCUACUUUGGAAGUAAAGACCUCAAGGGAGCUGAAGGUUGCGGGAGCCAUCGGACCCUGUGUGUCUCUGAAUGUGAAAGGACCAUGUGUGUCAGAAAAUGAACUUGGUGUUGGUGGCACGAGCCAGUGGAAAAUCUGUGGCCUUGAUCCCACGACGACACUCGGCAUCUACUUUGAAGUAGUCAACCAGCACAACGCCCCGAUCCCGCAAGGAGGCCGAGGCGCCAUCCAGUUCGUCACGCACUACCAGCACUCCAGCACCCAGCGGCGCAUCCGUGUGACCACCGUUGCCCGCAAUUGGGCAGACGUGCAGAGCCAGCUGAAGCACAUUGAAGCGGCGUUUGACCAGGAGGCGGCGGCAGUGCUGAUGGCGCGGCUGGGGGUGUUCCGAGCUGAGUCGGAGGAGGGGCCGGACGUGCUCCAGUGGCUGGACCGACAGCUCAUCCGGCUGUGUCAAAAGUUUGGACAGUAUAACAAAGAAGACCCUGUGUCAUUUAGGUUAUCAGAUUCCUUCUCUCUAUACCCUCAGUUCAUGUUCCAUCUUAGAAGGUCUCCAUUCCUUCAAGUCUUCAACAACAGCCCUGACGAGUCUUCGUAUUAUCGGCACCACUUUGCCCGGCAGGACCUCACCCAGUCCCUCAUCAUGAUCCAGCCCAUCCUGUAUUCCUACUCCUUCCACGGGCCCCCAGAGCCCGUGCUCCUGGACAGCAGCAGCAUUCUUGCUGACAGAAUUCUACUCAUGGACACUUUCUUCCAAAUUGUCAUUUAUCUUGGUGAGACCAUCGCCCAGUGGCGGAAGGCAGGCUACCAGGACAUGCCCGAGUAUGAAAACUUCAAGCACCUCCUACAGGCACCUCUGGAUGACGCACAGGAGAUCCUGCAGGCGCGGUUCCCGAUGCCGCGGUACAUCCACACGGAGCAUGGGGGCAGCCAGGCUCGAUUUCUUUUGUCCAAAGUGAAUCCGUCUCAGACACACAAUAACCUGUAUGCUUGGGGACAGGAAACGGGAGCGCCCAUCCUCACUGAUGACGUUAGCCUGCAGGUGUUCAUGGACCAUCUGAAGAAGCUGGCUGUCUCCAGUGCUUGUUGAGCUAAGGAUAUAGUCAGGAAAUGGAAGAAAACACUGUCACUUUGUGUUCACAAUUUUUUAUAAAGGCUUAACAUUCCUUUUACUUUGCUGGUGGAUUUUAAUAAAUAAUCAAAGGAAGUGUUAGUAAUUCUUUAGAUUUUAAUUUAUUUGUAUUCCUUAUCUGUGCCCUUUUCUUACUCCAUAAAAUUAUAAGGUCAUAAACAUUUUCAUAUUGGUAGAGGUUUAUAUGCUUUUUGUAUCCUAACUUUUAGAGUCUGUAUAAAAUCAGAGCUAAUGUAUUUUGGCAGCUUGCUUACAUGAAAAUCAUAAUGAUCAGAAAGGAAAUAAAUCUGAAGAAAGCACUGGUUAAAAUAAUGCUAAUACAUAUUUUAUUUCUGAA